UGAUUUUUAACCGAGCACUGUCACGACCAUAUCAGACAGCGAGAAAAGCGGUAUUGUACUGCGUUUAAGUGUUUUAUGUGGGGAUACGGACGAGCUGCUUCUAGUUUUUGAACGUCUGGGCAGAGAUGUAAUAGUUUCCUGGCUCUGGCGUUGUGUUUUUGUUCCUUUUGUUGUCAUUUGUUGUGGGGACCUCCCUAAAGCUUCAACUCAGGAAUUCUGGCAUUCCCUGUAUUGGCUGCUACACUGUUUUUCUUUUGCCGCAUGUGCAGAAAAUGGCAACUGCUCUCAGUGGACGCCCACCUAACAAUAGGAAAGGCCGUAUUUUAGGCAUCAUUGAUGCCAUCCAGGACGCCGUCGGACCCCCCAAACAGGCGGCUGCCGACCGCCGGACCGUAGAGAAGACAUGGAAACUCAUGGACAAAGUAGUGAGGUUAUGUCAGAACCCCAGACUACAGCUGAAGAACAGUCCUCCGUACAUCCUGGAUAUUUUACCGGACACUUACCAGCACCUGAGGCUGAUUCUGUGCAAAUACGAGGAGCACCAGAGACUAACUCAGCUAAGCGAGAAUGACUAUUUCAAAGUGUACAUCGACAGCCUGAUGAAGAAAUCCAAAAGAGCAAUUCGCCUCUUUAAGGAAGCCAAGGAGAGAAUGUACGAAGAACAGUCACAAGACAGACGGAACCUCACCAAGCUCUCGCUGAUCUUCAGUCACAUGUUGGCCGAGAUUAAAGCCAUCUUUCUAGGUGGACAGUUCCAAGGAGACACAUUCCGCAUUACCAAGGCAGACGCCGCCGAAUUUUGGAGAAGGUCUUUUGGCGAUAAAACAAUAGUGUCAUGGAAAAUGUUCCGGCAGUGCCUUCACGACGUGCAUCCCAUCAGCUCCGGGUUGGAGGCCAUGGCUCUGAAAUCUACCAUCGACCUCACCUGCAAUGACUAUAUCUCUGUCUUUGAGUUCGACAUCUUCACUCGUCUUUUCCAGCCAUGGGGCUCAAUCCUGAGGAACUGGAACUUUCUGGCAGUCACGCACCCAGGCUACAUGGCCUUCCUGACAUAUGAUGAAGUGAAGGCCCGUCUGCAGAAGUACAUCAACAAACCUGGCAGCUACAUCUUCAGACUGAGUUGUACGCGGUUAGGCCAGUGGGCCAUCGGCUACGUCACCAGUGACGGCAACAUACUGCAGACCAUCCCACAUAACAAACCACUGUUUCAGGCGCUCAUCGAUGGAUGCAGAGAAGGCUUUUAUCUGUUUCCAGAUGGGCGCAGUUAUAACCCAGAUCUCACCGGGUUGUGUGAACCCACCCCACACGACCACAUUAAGGUCACACAGGAACAGUAUGAGUUGUACUGUGAAAUGGGCUCUACGUUUCAGCUGUGUAAGAUCUGCGCCGAAAACGAUAAAGAUGUAAAGAUUGAGCCAUGUGGCCACCUCAUGUGCACUUCCUGUUUGACAUCAUGGCAGGACUCCGACGGUCAGGGUUGCCCGUUCUGUCGCUGCGAGAUCAAAGGGACGGAGCCCAUCAUUGUGGAUCCGUUUGACCCACGCAAUGAAGGAGCCAAGUGCUUCUUCCUGGACCACUUCAACUCCCCUAUGCUGGACAUGGAUGAUGAUGAUGACAGAGAGGAAUCAUUGGUCAUAGACCACAUCAGGAAGUCGAUGGACAUCCAGAACUCGCCGAUAAUGUCUCCGAACUCAUCCCCUGUGUGUGAACGCCGGAAAACCGCUGCAGAUCACAUGGGCCCGCACUUGAACAUUCCACCCGUCCCACCCCGCCUUGACCUCAUCCGUUCGCCCGCUCCCAGCCCCACAGGCUCUCCCAAGUCAUCUCCAGGUAUGUCCAGAAAACAGGACAAGCCCCUUCCUGCCCCUCCACCCCCACAGAGAGACCCCCCUCCUCCUCCUCCACCAGAACGCCCACCUCACAUUCCUCAAGAGGGCCGGGCCGCCUGGCUCAUCACUCCUUCGUCUGGCCUUCCCAGGGACCCUAGAGCGCCCCUGGAGGCCUGGACUCCUAAAGACAGCACUGCUCUGUCAGACUGCAAGACUCCUGCUGCAGACCGCUCCCCCAAACUCGCCCACGCCGCCCCUGCGCACAUCAACGGGAGACCCCUCAGCUGCUCCGGCGCCGACUUGGGGUUGAACCGGACCGGCCACAGACCGAAUGCGCAGUCAGAGUGUAGUAAGUCUUUCAUCAACGGUCUGUUACCUGGUGAUGAGUAUGAUGUCCCUCCUCUGCGUCACUCCCCUCCCCUUUUGGACCACAACCAGAGACACACCAAGCCCUUCAAAAGCCAUCGGAGUCUGACGGAUAGAGUGGAGGACGAGUAUCAGGUUCCAUCAUCGCAUCCCGUCUGCAUCACACAGCCGCCCGUCUGCAUCCCCUUCCGCAUUCCCAACAGGACUUUAGAAAACGGCUUGUCAGAUCUCUCCACAGAAUUAAAGAAACAUAAACCUCCAGAGCAUGGUGGGUUUGACUCUGGUUCAUUGAUUUCGGGUGUGGCUCACACCACACAGUGCCCCCUCCACAACAGGACGCCCUCAGACUACGACAUUCUACUGCCCCCUCAAGCGUCUCCAAUGGAAGACCCGUUCAACUCUCUUCCUCCGUCCCAGCCUCCUCCUCCUCCCCCCAUCAGGAACAGUUUCACAGAACCCUCGUCCUCCUCACCCUACCCCAGACCUGCCCGCCCCUCGUCUGGACACGACCACUUCCUGCUCAGCCCAGACACGUUCAUAGACACAUUGAUUAACUCGGCUCCUAAUCCCCCCGUGCGGAGAUUAACCGGAGACAACAUGAAGAAGCCGCUCAGGGCUCCUCAAGACUACGAUCAACUGCCGCCCACCUCAGUGGCCCUAGAUUGCUUCAGGGCGCCCGAGAGACCUCCUAAACCACUUCCCAGGAUCUUCCCACCAGACAUCCACAGAAGACCGCAGGAAUCGUCCCGGGAGAACGUAGACGCCAAGAUCGCCAAGCUGAUGGGCGAGGGCUACUCAUUCGAAGAUGUGAAACGAGCGCUGAUGAUCGCGCAGAACAAAGUGGACGUGGCACGGAACAUUCUGCGGGAGUUUGCGCUAGUCGCCCCCAGGCAGGGCCCGUAACACACGCUGAUACGAUUUCAAACUACGACUGACUUUUGAGUGUACAAACCGCAGGCUGACUUCCGCUUGCUUUCGUUUAGCGCACCCGGCAAACAAGACGAAAAAUGUGCUUUUUUCGCCCAAAAGGAUUGUUGCGUUCGUGACGACAGGAUCCUAUGGAAAUAUAAAAAAGCCUUGUGUUUACAGUGACGUGGCUUAUCUGCAGCACUCAGGUCAUCGUCAUUACAGCUCGGGAUGGAAUUGAAAUCAAAUCUUUCAUAUUUGGAGGUGGUUGCUGCAUCCUUCAAAUCAGUGACGUUUGUAUUUCUCUGGACGGACAUGAGAGCGGCGCUUCUGUUUGUGUUUGCCAGUGUCUGCGGGCUAUUCAUGCCUAUCCUGCCACACACACAUACACCCGCACGUUUCUGGCCUCUUGGGUAUCAUGAAUUUCACAGUAAUGGCUCUCGGUGUGACCAUGUCUCCUUUAUCUCAUUAUUCCGCGGUGAACAAGACAAACCAGAUCAGAUCGUUUGAGGCAGAAAGAGACGGAUUUCGAAUAUCAUGGUUCUCUUUGUCCAUUUUUUAGGUUAGCCGCUUUUUAUCAACUCUUAACGGUCGCGUUCAACAUCUGAGCAAGUAAGGGCUAUUGUGGUAGUUUCAUUUUCUGUUAAGAUAAAGUUUCCCAUUCCCUUCUUUCGGUUCGCUCACUUGCACUGACGCCAUAUUCAAAAAAAAACAUGAACCGUUUGUAUUGGCACCCAGAAAACAAGCCAAAAAAACACACAGAUUAUCAUGUACAAUGCCGUCAAAUAAUAGUGAUGCCCGCAAACCGAAGAUUUAAAGCGACGACUUCAUUCAAAGCCUUUUGGGAACUCUGGGAAUGAAAGCUGGCCUGCUUUGACUCUUCCCCACUGGCUGUCAUUCCUCCCUAUCAGGUUUUCGCUUGAACUUGAAACUUCAUUUUUGCACUCGUCUCUAUCUCCAUCUAACACUUGAAAGUCUUAGAACUGAAUGGAGCCUCUAGCGGAAGAGGACACGACCUCCGACAGGUCUGCGGGGGGGAACGGUUUCUGUUCAUUUCCCCUCUUCUUUUUACGAGAGAUUUUAGUUUGUUGGAAAAUGCCUUGUGGAUCAUUUAAAACCAGUGAUGUGUGCAAUUAAUUUAUACUUUGUUAAAAGUUUUCUCUGAGAUUAUUUUCAUCUUUCAGUGAUGUAUGUAACCCGUGAUCUGUUCUUGUGGAAAAAAAUGUUUUAUAAAAGCCAGUAUUAACA